CGAUCGCGCCAGACUUCCUCUCCACCGCGCGCUCUCCUCCCCCUCCCCUCCCCUCCAAGGCGAACCAAGAAACACCCACCGACCUCGCCAGCCUUCGACCACCGCGAUGUGGACGUCGUGGACCCGGCGGAAGCCAGCCGCCCGGCGGCUCACGAAUUCCCCGUCGUCAAACUCGUCUGUCACGUCGUCGUCCAAAGACCAUAGCGGCAUCAGCUCCGUCCUUGACGACGCGGCGGCGCCCCCCGCCGGCGGAGGCAAGGUCGUCCUGCACCGCGUGCGGUCAUCGACCAAGCUGCGGACGUGCAAGUCGUUCGCGGCGGCCGAGGAGGCAGCGGCGGCGCCGGUGGCGGCCGAGCGGCGUGUCGUGCUCUACUUCACCUCCCUACGGGCCGUGCGGCCCACGUUCGAGGCCUGCCGCGACGUGCGCGCCAUCCUGCGCGGCCUCCGUGUCGGCGUCGACGAGCGGGACGUGUCCAUGGACGCGGCUUUCCUCACCGAGCUCCGCGUCCUGAUGCGGCGGGACCGGCCGCCGCUGCCGCAGCUAUUCGUCGGGGGACGCCUCGUCGGCGACGCGGACGACGUGCGCGCGCUGCACGAGAGCGGGGAGCUCCGGCGCGUCGUGGCCGGGGCGCCGCAACUGCCACCCACGCCGUGCGCGUCCUGCGGCGGUUCGCGCUUUGGCCCCUGCGUCGCGUGCGGCGGCAGCCAUCGCUGGUUCAGCGAGAAGACUGGGGGCUUCCGUGUCUGCUCGGCGUGCAACGAGAACGGCCUCGUCCGAUGCACCGCGUGCUGCUCCGGCGGCUGAAGAUCGUCACAUACCGGAGGAGACCAUAGAUAUUGCGCAUGGAAAUGGAAGUGCUGGCUAUCUCAAUUAUCAAAUGUGCCUGCCUCAUUCGAUUGAAAUCCAAAGGAUAUGAACCUCAAACCGUGUGAUUUGUCUGAAGAUCGAUGUUUGGACGUGGUUCAAGCUUA